UCGGACGUCGUUUCCCAACAUGGACAACGAUGGUGAUAAGCGUCCACGCAGCGAGCCGGGUUUGAGAAAAUAUGAUUUGGCGAAAUCGAAGAACGUGAGUAGUCGCGAUUCUUCACGAGAUAUCGUUGCUAAGCAAAGAGAGCGUCCACUUGAUCUAACUGUGAAAGGCCAGAAGUUGGUCACAGCGCGAGGGCAGUACUCCAAAUACCGCCAGGCGUGGGGUAAACAUUUGCAAGAUGUAGAGAGCCCACUUCAGGAAAUGCGUCGUUUAAUGGGAACCCUCGAAAUGAAGCAACCUGUGCCAGCAUCAAGUACGAGUCAGGAUACUGCACAGGCCAACAGUAAGAUAAAAGAGACUCAGGAACAAAGUGCAGACUCAAAUUGAUGGUAUCCGAAGACCCGCCCAUGCUAGAUGCUACAAGCUUAAGGAUAUCUGCAGCAGAGACACUGGAAGAGACGAAUAUGGACUAUUCAAUCCACACAGGAUACUUGAUAGUAAAAGUUCAAGUACCAUCCUAUCAGCUGUAUAUAAUGCCAGUCCAAAUAUAAUGUGAAUAUUUCAG